AAUCCCNAUGANAGAGAAUGANUUUUGUUUAGGUCUGGGGUUGAGUAUUGAAGGUAAGGACUUGAACUUGAAAGGAAAUUUUACAAAAAGUUCAUGUGUUAAAUAUGUAGGGAAAGACACAAAAGAUUUAGACUUGGUUUACAAAUGUAUGAUCAGGAAACGUAAGAAGAAGAUUCCUUGUUCUGAUUUUUGUAGUCUUUAUAUUUUAGUUGGGAUAUCUGAGUUAUUAAUUCCCAAUCGCAGUGGAAGAGUGUUUCAAGUUUUGUAUGAAAUCGUUGAUAAUUUAAGUGGUUUGGGUAAUUAUUGUUGGGGUAGUAUAGUGUACCGUUACUUGGUAGGUAGUUUGUCGAAAGCUUCAGAUGGAUUGAAGAAAGGAAAAGGCACAAGCAAUGUUUACAUUGAUGGAUGCACUUACAUGCUGCAGGUUUGGUUAUGUGAGAAAUUGUUACCUCCGAAAGGUGAAAUACAUAAAUCUCCUAGAAUUUUGCAUUGGAUGAAUGUACAUUUGGGAGACAACAUUGUGAAACAAGCUUUGGAAAGUGGUGUGGUUGUUGAUGAAUUUGGUGUUGGCGCAACGAAAAAUUUCAAAUAUGACGAACCUUCCAAGCAAAGUAAAGUUGAUAAAUCACCAUCUGCAAAGAAAUUACUGAAACGAAGCCUGAAAGAUAGUGUUAUGCAGACGAUGGUUCGUCAGCAAAAACUAGUUGCAGGGCUUAAAAUGAAGCUUGUUGAGUUGGACAAAGAAGUUGCGUUUGAAAAGUCUAGACGAAGAGGACCGGAGGAAGGUGGAACGGAGGAAGGUGGACCGAGUGUGGCACGUGAAGAUCCUUCGUUCUCUUCGGGAGGCAUUUCCCCGAAAGGCAUUUCAUCUAGACCCAUGUCCACUGAUGCAGCUGCAUUGAAGACUUUUGUCAGGAAGGGUUCACGACCGCGGAUCAAGAGCAGAGCUCUUAGAACUCCUUUUACUGGAAGUUUUAGAACAAAAGAUGUGUGACCUGGAGAUGUAUUAACAGAUUUUAAACUUAUGUUUUAUGUUCAUAGAUGUUGGUUUGUUGAAUGUUUUGUUUAGUAAUUUGAAUUUGUACACAGAUGUUGUUGAAUGGUACAUUAAACUUUAUCUUUUUCAAAUGUUGUUGAAGUUAAUGGAAUGAGUUGUGUGAUUGA